AUGGCCCUUCUUCACUUCAGUAUAGCAGCUCUCCUGUCGCUCGCUCUAUAUACCAAUCCUGCCAGCGCUGGAUAUGCCGCAAUUAGCCGUACUGGUUGGACUGCGACAGCGGACAGUUCACAGACCGGCAAUGACCCCAGCAAAGCGAUCGACAACAAUGCAGCAACUUUCUGGCACUCGAAAUACAGUCCUGCACCUAUCGAUCCCUUGCCAAACUGGAUAAUCGUUGACAUGCAGGCGACGUAUAACGUCCAAAGAGUCAGCAUACAGCCACGAACCAGCUCUACUGGUAGAAUAGGAAGCCAUAAGAUCGAAGUCAGUACUGAUAAUACAACCUGGCAACUCGCAGCGGUUGGUACAUAUAACAAUGAUGCAACAACGAAGAAUACGACGUUCGUUGCGAGGCAGGCGAGAUACGUGAAGAUCACCGCAACGUCAGAGGCUCAGAACACGGGCGUUCAGCUCACUUCGAUUGCAGAGAUCAACAUCUUCCAAGACGUAGUAGGAUCAACACCAACACCUUACACACCUCCCGCCUCCGGAAAAGGUCUGUGGGAGAAGACAGUUGAUUUCCCUUUGGUUCCAGCUGCAGUGUCGCUCCUACCCAACGGAAAGUUGUUAGUUUGGUCGGCCUACGCGAAGAAUCAGUUUGGUGGUUCAAGGGGAUACACGCAGACGGCUAUUUACGAUCAUAUGACUGGCGAGUCGAGCCAAUUGAAUGUGUCCAACACACAGCAUGAUAUGUUCUGCCCUGGUAUCUCUCUCGACUUCAAUGGCCGUGUUGUUGUCACGGGAGGUAGCAAUGCCGCGAAAACGAGUAUUUAUGACCCUACGGGUGAUGCUUGGCUGCCAGCGCCCGACAUGAAGGUGCAAAGAGGCUACCAAUCGAGCGCCACCUGCUCAGACGGGCGGAUCUUCACCAUCGGCGGAUCUUGGAGUGGACCUCGCGGUGGCAAGAAUGGUGAGAUAUACGACCCGAGCACGAACCUGUGGACACUCAUUCCGAACGCACUCGUGGGCCCCAUGCUCACUAAGGACCGCGCUGGCGCGUGGCGCAAUGACAACCACGCCAUGCUGUUCGGCUGGAAAAACAGUACCGUGUUCCAAGCUGGACCUUCAGUCGCGAUGAACUGGUACGACAUUACUGGGACGGGGAACACCACCGCCGCGGGAAACAGACUUGAUGAUGGGGACUCAAUGAACGGGAUUGCGGUCAUGUACGACGCCACUGCUGGCAAGAUAUUGAAGUCGGGAGGAUCACCACACUAUGAGGACAGCGACGCCACAACAAAUGCAUACGUUAUCACGAUCGGAACGCCCAAAACGAAGCCUACAGUUGCUAAGACCCAAAACAUGGCGUACGCACGCGGCUUCGCAAACAGUGUUGUCUUCCCCGACGGUACAGUAUUUGUGACUGGUGGCCAGUCGACAGUGACACCGUUCCGCGAUACAACGGCCGCCCUCGUGCCUGAGCUCUGGAACCCAACGUCCGGAACUUGGUCCCAGCUGAGUCCAAUGUCAAUUCCCCGGACGUAUCACUCUGUCGCGAUACUUCUCCCUGACGCCACUGUCUUUCAGGGUGGCGGCGGCCUCUGUGGUCCGUGUACACAAUAUGGCGGCAUCCCAGAAAGCAACCACUUCGAUGCAGAGAUCUUCGUUCCGCCUUACCUCCUAAAUGCUGAUGGCACCCGACGUACACGACCGGUUAUAAGCACUGUAGCCUCCACUGUCAAUCUCGGAGCCAAGCUAAGCAUCACGACGGAUACCGCUGUUACGAGCUUCUCGUUGAUCAGGUUUGGUUCAGCUACACAUACUGUCAACACGGACCAGCGACGAAUCCCGUUGACACCGUCUGGUACUGGAACAAGCUAUACAGUAACAGUUCCCGCAGAUCCUGGAGUUGCGCUGCCUGGAUACUGGCUACUCUUUGCAAUGAACUCGGCUGGAACACCUAGUGUAGGCCAGGUCGUCAAGCUCACUCUUUAA